AUGCGCGCGCACGCCCACGCCCACGGCCCACUAGAGCCAGCCAACCAGCACGAACAGCGGGCUCUGCCCGUGAGCUGUGUCAUUCCAUCGCUCCUUCGGAACAGGGCGCCCGUGAUCUCCUUAAAUUCCCCCCGCUCCCGGAUUCAACCUGACACACCCCCUUGUUUGUAGCCUUGCACCCAGCUACCUGCCGGUGAGGUGAGUGACCACCGCAGCAGCACACGUCGGCUGCUGCCAUCGGCGUACGUGCGUGCAGCGCAUUGUCGCGGCAAUGGCGGUGUCGUCGUCGUCGUCGCGGGCGCGGGCGAGGUUGCUGGCGUGCGUGGCCGUGGCGGCGCUGCUGCUGGUCGCGCCGGGCGACGUGGACGCCGGGCGGCACGGGCGCGGGCGCGGGAGCGCGGCGCACAGGCACACCAAGGGACUGCGGCCGGGGAAGGCUGCGGGUGCGGCGGCGAGGCCGUACCCGGCGAACGCGACGGCGGGGGAGGCGAUCGAGCGGCGAUUCACGCGGUGGGUGCGGUUCAUGGGCGGCCUGGACCACAGCGUGUUCCAGCGCGCGCUCAACCGCGCGCUGCUCCCGACGACGCGCACGAUCGUCGUGGACAGGACGCCCGGGGCCGGCGACUUCACCACCAUCCAGGCCGCCGUCGACUCGCUCCCGCUCAUCAACCUGAUGCGCGUCGUCAUCAAGGUCAAUGCCGGCACCUACACGGAGAAGGUGAGCAUCUCGCCGUUGCGCGCGUUCGUGACGGUGGAGGGCGCGGGGGCUGACCGGACGGUGGUGCAGUGGGGCGACACGGCGGGCACGGCCGGGCCCUGGGGCCGCCCCUUCGGCACAUUCGCCUCCGCUACCUUCGCCGUCAACUCGCAGUUCUUCGUCGCCAAGAACAUCACCUUCAAGAACACCGCGCCGGUGCCCCGGCCGGGGGCGCUGGGGAAGCAGGGGGUGGCGCUGCGCAUAUCGGCGGACAACGCGGCGUUCGUGGGGUGCAACUUCCUGGGCGCGCAGGACACGCUGUAUGACCACCUGGGCCGCCACUACUACAAGGACUGCUACAUCGAGGGCUCCGUCGACUUCAUCUUCGGCAACGCCCUCUCCCUCUACGAGGGUUGCCACGUGCACGCGAUCUCGCCGCACACCGGCGCGCUGACGGCGCAGAACCGGCGGAGCAUGCUGGACGACACGGGGUUCUCCUUCCUCAACUGCCGGGUGACGGGGUCGGGGGCGCUCUACCUGGGCCGCGCCUGGGGCACCUUCUCCCGCGUCGUCUUCGCCUACACCUACAUGGACAACAUCAUCAUCCCGCGCGGCUGGUACAACUGGGGCGACCCAACGCGAGAGAUGACGGUGUUCUACGGGCAGUACAAGUGCUCCGGGCCGGGGGCCAACCACGCCGGCCGGGUGGACUGGUCCCGGGAGCUCACCGACGAGGAGGCCAAGCCAUUCAUCUCCCUCAGCUUCAUAGACGGCCUCGAGUGGCUCAAGUUGUAGCAGCGGCAACCGCAAGUUAAUGACUAGCAGCAGAGUAACUUUUGAUUCGGCUGCAGCAUUUGCAGCUGAAUCCAUGACGAGCACGUACGGCUAUCUCCGCCCUCCGGCUCCGUUUUUUUUUUUGGCUUUUAGAAGUGGGAUGUGAAUCACACCACAUCGGUUCGUUUUAACAGUUGUUGUGAGCUCUGACGAACACAGCAAACAGCUUCAAAAAAAAAACUGUGGCAUGCACCUUGUGUUCUCUGUUCAGUGAUACUAGUGAUUUUUUGUAAGAAGAAAA